AUGGCAACAAAACGUAAACUUCCUGAUAAUCCAAAUUCUGAAUUAGUUGAUUUUCUUCAUGAAUUAGCUGAUUAUGAAAAAAAUGUCUCACGUUUAAUACAUAAAUAUAAUGCUUAUCGAAAAGCAGCUAGUUCAAUAGCUAAAGUUGAUCAUAAAAUUGAAACCAUAAAAGAUAUUAAAGGAUUGGAAGGAAUAGGAAAAAAAAUUGAAGCAAAAAUUGAACAAUAUUUAUCAACUGGAAAAAUACAAAAAUUAGAAACUAAUCGUGGUGAUGCAACAGGUGCAUCUAUUAAUGAAUUAACACGUAUUAUGGGUAUUGGUCCUGCACAUGCAAAUAAACUUGUUCAUCAAGAAAAAAUAAAAUCUAUUGAUGAGUUACGAUCACAUCCAAAACGUGAUCAAUUAUUAAGUAAAACUCAACAACUUGGUUUAAAAUAUCUUGAAGAAUUUGAACAAAAAAUUCCUCGUGAUGAAAUGAAACAAAUGGAGACAAUUCUUCUUCGUGAGAUCACUGCAAUUGAUGAUCAAUUUAAAGCAGAAAUUGUCGGUAGUUAUCGACGAGGUGCUGCUGCAAGUUCCGACAUUGAUGUAUUAGUAACACAUCCAACAACAACAAAAUUAUCUUCAUUAAUUCAUAAAAUAGUUGAUGUAUUAACAAAAAAAGUUCAUUUUAUAACUGAUACUAUUUCUAUUGGAGAUUCAAAAUUUAUGGGUGUUUGUCAAAUGGAUAAAAAUAAAUUACAUCGUCGUAUUGAUAUACGAGUUUUUCCGAGUGAACAAUAUUAUUGUGCAUUACUUUUUUUUACUGGAAAUGAUCAACUUAAUCGUCAUAUGCGUAUUGUUGCACAUGAACAAGGUUAUAAAUUAAAUGAAUAUUCAAUUCAAAAAGUUGGAUCAACCGGUGUAUUAAGUAAACCAUUACCAGUAACAUCUGAAAAAGAUAUUUUUGAUUAUCUUCAAAUGGAUUAUAAAGAACCUAAUGAACGUAAUAUGUAA